UAUACAGCCUGUAACCUGUAGAAGUAUGGGCAUUGUCUACAGUCAGGGUACUAAUGGAAAUGAUGGUAACAGUUUGCUUGCUUUUUCAUCAUUGUACAGAGAAUGUAUUUGGGUGUUUCCAUUUUUCACUCGCUUUCUCACUGAUACCUUCUAGACUGUUCCAUUGUAAUAAAGGGGUGCACCCAAGUUGUUGUUAUUGCAAAUUGUAGAAUGUUUGGAAGAUAAAUCGUCUGAAUGGAUGUUUGUUGUUAACAAUGAUGUUAUAUUUUUCAGAAACUGACCUGCAUAAUGUAAUCAAGCGAGGGAACAUUCUGAAGGAUGUACACAAGAGAUACAUAAUGUACCAACUGUUUAAAGCGACAAAAUACCUUCAUUCUGGGAAUGUCAUUCACAGAGAUCAAAAGCCCUCUAACAUCCUGUUGGACAGUGAAUGCGUGGUGAAGCUGUGUGAUUUCGGCCUCGCUCGAUCCCUCACACAAAUUGGCAUGGACGAGACGGGUGACCCGAAUCUGACAGAAUAUGUUGCUACCCGGUGGUACAGAGCCCCAGAGAUUCUCCUGGCUUCACACAAGUACACUAAGGGUGUGGACAUGUGGAGUUUAGGCUGUAUUCUGGGUGAGAUGUUGCUAGGGAAGCCAGUGUUUCCCGGCACGUCGACACUGAAUCAGAUCGAGAGAAUCAUGUCCUCUAUAGCUACACCAUCACGAGCAGACAUUGAUAGUAUAGGUUCAGCGUAUGGAACUUCUGUUUUAGAGAAAGCUUGCAUGAAAGGCAGGAAAAAGUUUGAAGACCUCAUUCCUGAUGCACCAGCCGAUGGUCUCGACUUGAUGAAACGAUUACUUCACUUCAACCCGGAUAAACGUGUUACUGCUGAAGAAGCUCUCAAACACCCCUACGUCGAGAGAUUUCAUAACCCAUCAGAAGAGCACACACUGGACUACGACGUCGUUCCUCCCAUCAGUGACGAGACACAGCUCACGGUAGAUGAAUACAGGAGCAAGCUAUAUGAGAUGAUAAUGCAGAAGAAAGCCGAGCGGCGGCGGAGACGAAGGGAAGAGGCUCAGAAGGCUCAGAAAGCUGUCCAGCUAGCUCAGAUAGCUCAGCGGACCCAGGAUGAAAUACCACCGGCAGAACCGGAGGUGGGCAUGGAGGAGAACUCACCCAAGGGAGUGUCACCCAAGUCCAUGGCGAAACACGUAUCUGCCGAGAACUACAGACACCAGUCCUCAUUCACAGGUGUAGCAUUUGGUAGAACGACACACGAUGGUCAUCACAAGGGCUCCAAGACCGUAUUAACACGGCAGAGAAGUUACGAACAUUUACAAGGUCCUUCCAACAAUAUGGGGCAUGAGCCAUACCCACCCAUCGGUAUGAGUCAGAAAAACCGCCAAACGUCGGCACCUCCCGCUGCAGGCUUGAGAGGCCGACCCAUUUCAGGAACGUACGCUCGGCAGGGAAACCCAAUGAUAACGCGAGAUGACAGAUCAGGUCUGACAGUGACCAGCUCAAGAAUGGUACCCGGUCAAAGGCCAACAUCUGCGAACGUCCCUCGACCGAAACCAUUGUACGGCAGGAAACAGUUCAGCAACGCUGUAAACCACCCGUCGGUGGGUGCCCACAAGGCGACAUUUGGCAGCUACACGCAGUCGUACGGAACAAUCUCAUCAAGCGGGCUCGCUGCUCUUCAGACGAAGAAGACAUGAAUCACACCCUGAGAGAAAGAGACAGAGUUGACUGGUGUCAGGCUGCUGGUGUAAUAUCAACACAACUUGUUUAUAGUCAUCACACACUCACACACAAACUGGCUGCUCCAUCUUGUCAAUCCGUCCGUCCAUUCGUUCAUCCAUUCAUCCAUCCAUCCGUUCAUCCAUCGUUGUUGAUCUGACUUGAGCAGGCGUCUAGAUGGAUGGCUGAUCGUAUUGUGUGAUGUCAGAAGUGUUGACCCAUAUGUUGAUAUGGUUGUUUGCUGGCAAACAAUAUUCUAGGCACAGUUAAAGGACGGGAGUGUUUUAGCGUCAGUGUUAUGUGGGUGCCUCCCCCCCCCCACACUGUAAUGCUACAUCGUUUGUCUACUGAAAGUAGAUUUAAUAAUGUUUUAAUACUGUAGGUACUUUUCAAAAGUACAAGUGAAUUGUUAUUAGUUUAUUGCCAAAAUAAGUCAUUACUGAUACACGUAUAUGCAAACAGGAUGAAGAAAACUGCACCAGAGUAAUUUUAUGAAGACUUUCUUAAUAUGAAUAAUAUUGUUGACUUACAUAAGGUUUGUGAAUGCAUUUCCUUAAAUAUUUCUUACACUGCCUUUGACAUUGCAAAUAUAUAUAAAUCCAAUAUCCACAAUGAAUUUGGAAAGCGAAUGUGAACACAUUUUAUUACAGUUUCUUUAAUAUUUCAGUAAGGGCUGUUCUAAAAAUAAUCACAUUUGAAUAGUUGGGAGGCAGUAUAUUCACCCAAGCAAAUUAUUUACAAUCAUUUGAAUUUAUAAAAAAAAUAAAAAUUCCAGAACUUCCAACACAAUAAUAUUAGUACAUACUGUGGCCCUGUGUACCAAUGUCCUAAUCAGAAUUGUAUUGCUUAUUAGUCCCCUAUCGGUCCAACUGGAGGGGACUAUAGGUUUCAUCGCCGUCCUUAUGUCUGUCCAUCCGUCUCUCCCACAUAUAGUUUUUCGGAUGGUUUUUUCAUAAUGCUUCGAGAUAUUGAGCUGGAAUUUUGUGUAUAGCUUUAUCAUAUACUAUAAUUACAGAUCAAGUUGACUUUCAUGACGAUUUACCCAUUUUGACAGAGUUAUGGCCCAUGAACUUAGGAGAUAUGAAAAUUGUUUUCCUGACUUUUUUUCCCCAAAUGCCUCAAGAUACUAAGCUGAAAUUGUGUGUAUAGCUUUAUCAUGUACUAUUACAGAUCAAGUUUCAAUUUCAUGAUGAUUUACCCAUUGUGGACAGUUAUGGCCCGUGAAUUAGGGAAAUAUGAAAAUAUGUUUUCCUAAGUAUUAUUUUUACAAUGCCUCCACAAAUUGAGAUGAAAUUUUUUUUUUAUAGCUUUAUCAUAUUCUGUUACAGAAGUUUAACUAUCAUGUCGAAUUACCCAUUUUUCACCGAGUUAUGGCCCUUGAACAUAGGAAAUACAAAAAUAUGUUGGGCCCAAUAGGGGACAUGUAUUGCUUUAACAAUACUCUCAGAAUGCUUGUUAUGUACAAUACAUGAACAUUUCUGGAAUGAAAAUCUGAACAAUAUACCAUUCUGAUGGUAUAUUACUAAAUGUACGCAACAGACAUAAUAAAUUACCACUUAUUAUAUCUGUUGUUUAAUCGUACUAAUAGGUCAUCAUAAUGAAGUUCAGUGUUCAGGCAUUUGGAAUUAGAUGGGCAUGAUUUGAUUAGGACUUCAGUAGUGGAACAUGUGGUCCUCCUAGGAGGAUCGAUCCUAUGACCCUUCAGACAUCAGACAGUCAUUAAACAAACCUUUCUUUCCUUUCCCACACUUUCUAUAUGAUAAUUUCUGGGACAGUCCUAAAGGUAUUUGCAAAUGGAUGUUUAAAGGUUAACUUUAUUAUAAAAUUAUUAGCUAUGAGCUUAUACGGUUUACUGUAUAUGUUGUAUACCCAAUAACAGUUAAAAAUUGUUAUUCCAAUUUUUGCUUUUAUGUAACUGAAGCAAAAUAUCUUAUAAAAUAUCUAAGCUAAUGUUCCAAACUUUAUUUGAAAACAACAAUAUCAUUAUUUAUAUGUGAUGUUAUUCUUGAUAAUUUUUAGUACCAAUCGUGUUUCUACUCAAGGGAGUUAACUCUGGUCAUUAUAUUUCUUUUUAGCUGAAGAGUAAUUUUAAUGCAGCAUUUUCAAUAAUUUUUAUUAAAUUGAAAUAGCCUUUAACUACAACUUGUCUAAUUUUAAUUUUACUUUAUUAUAAAGUUAACCUUUAAGUUUGCUUUUAUAUUCGUCUCAAGUUUUAAUAUGUAAAGUGAAUACAUUUCCAAAACAUUCACGUGCGUUUUCCCCCACAAUUUACUAAUAAUAAAAAUAGAAAUAGAUGUCUGAUCAAAUUAAAGAGUAAUGCAUAUUGUUUUUUAUAUAUGUAGGAAAAAACUUGAAACAAAGUUGUUUGUGGAAAGUUUUAUAGGUUUUGACAUAAUGAAGAUACUUUGACAAGACUUGAUAACACGAUAGAUGGUAAAUUAUUAUUGGCAAAUCCAUAUGUUUUGGUGAAACACCUCAGUUACUUACAAUAAAGGAACCAACUUCAUUCUUAAUGCAAAUCAUUUCAGCCAUUUUUCAUCAUAAUGGGGGGAAAAACCCUCAUUAAUUUGGGAGAAGACAGAACUAAAUGUGGUUAACUGUUUUCAGCAUGAACACUCGUCUAAUAAUAUGAUAAAUCUUCCAUUACUAAAUUUGACCACAGAUUAGUUUGCUACAUGUUAUUAGAACCAGAAUGUGCAAAUACUUUUGUUUUAAUGAUGACACUUGGUUCAACAGUUUACAUUCUCAGUGAUACAUUAUUCUGGGUGGAUUCGGGAUUUUUCUUCAGAGUGGUGAUGUACAACAACAACAAAUAAUAUGUACGGCUGUCUAGUCUGCAAAUUGCGAUAAAUUAGUUGUAUAUUGAUUUCCUAUUUAAGACAGUGUUUAAGAGAGGGUGCACACCCACAGAACUUACAUUCAUCCACUACUGCUUAAUUUGUUUAUGGUUUGCCAAAUUAUACAUACUUAGGUUGUAAGUGUUACUGACUUUGCCACAUUGUUUUUUGUACAGCUGUAAACAUUCCAAUUACAGGGAGUAUUGUCCGAGAAUUAUUUUUAGCAGAGUGCUAAAUGUAAUUUUGUGAAUUAAGAUAAUCUUUUUAAGUUUUUUGUUUCUCUCAAACUACAUUCCAUCCAGUUUUAGUAUUUUAUGAGUGCAGCUGAUAAGCAUUCAUAUAAAUAUUAAAGUUGUACUUUUUCCAAUAUUGUUUAGUGAAUCAGAAGAUAUAUAAUGUUAAUAAAGUAGAGCCUCUUUUGGUGGUCGCCUUUAUUAUAUGGACUACAAAUAUUAGGUGGUCUUUAAUAUAUUGUAUCACUCUGCUCAAGAAAAAACAAACGGUCCAGCUGUUUAUUAUGUACAGUUUGUACUGUAUUUUGCAUUUUUGAUCUUUUAACCUAUUUAAUAAUUUAUUAAUUUAUUGUGAUUGAUGACGUCAUUGACGUGUGAUGCAUUUCUCCAUCUGUGAUAGUGGAAACAUUCCGUCCCUUGGAUUACAUAGGUCAUACAAGGUUGAUUUGGACCAGUAUUUUAAAUAGCAUGAUGGUUACAUUGACUUAGUAAUAAAUUUAACCGAACCAUUUGUCAGUUUGAUCAGUACUUUAAAUACAUGGUUGUAUUUAUUUAUUUAUUUACCAGUAUUUAAAAUAGCUGGAAGGUUAAUUUUUUACAAUUAUUUAAAUAGUCAGAAGGUUGACUGAUGUUUACUGAAAUAUUAACUGACCAGCCAGUUAAAUAGUUUGAAACUAUCUGGUAUUUUUAACAUUGAUUAUCACCUAUAAUCACCAUGUUUGCAUUGAUGUAAACUUGUUUAUAUUUGUGGGGUAUUAACUUUGUGGAUAUAGAUAUAAUCUGUUAAUGUGUUAUCUAACAAAUUAACUAGUCCUAAUACAUUUACAGAGCUGUAAUAUAUAUUUAAAAAAAGUAUAUUUGUAAAUAGUACUAUUAUAGUAGAAUGUUUAUAUAUCAAAUUUAUAUUAUACAUAUAGAUAAAAUACAUCUGUUUUGUGUGGUACAACCAUGUUUUGUAUAUGUGAAUACACUGGUAGGCAAUGUUUACAUGAUGCAUAUGAUACAGUACAUGCAAAUUAGUGUGUGUUUAGUUUAUCUAAUGUAUGUUAUAAAACGCUGAUGUUGUCAGUAGGUCUUGAAAGUGAAAAGUGUGAAGUGUUUAAUAUAUUCUUUCAGAAUUUCAUAUUGGUAUCUGCUUGGUAAUUACAAUUUUUCAUCACAUUCCAAAACUUGUCAAAGUUGCAUGAUAACGAAAAUAUUUAAAAAAAAAUCUUGUGAAAUAUACAGAUUACUCGUUGAAUUACAUGUCUGCAAUAAACUACCUGAUCGCAUCCGAAUAAUUAACGUUAUAUUAUUGCAAAUUUAAAUAAGGUUGACUCGCAGAUUAACAUCUUAUGUCAGUUUGUAUUUGAAUUGCAUCUCCGUAUUUUUGAGCUAUUUUAAUGGAUACUCGAUACGUACUUUAUAUUUACCAAGAAUGCUAAAAAAAACCAACCCAAAAUACCCACUGUUUAAGCCGAAUGGCACCACCUUAAAGUCUUGGUACUCUUUGAGUUAAUUAUACAAAGAUUAAACAUGGGAUUGAUUAAUUUGUAGUUGCAUAUGAUGGAUACAAGUAAAAAAACCCACUAAACUAACAAAAUAUGACAUUUACAGGUUUGAUAAGGCACCUUUAAACGUUACUGGUAACAACCAAUACUGUUAAAUUUGAAGGUCAGUAUAAUUAAUUUUUAAUUACAUUCUUUUUACUAAACAUGAGUAUUGUCCUAGCUUUCUGUCAAUAUUAUUAUGAUGUCAGUUGAUGUAUGAUUUGAUUAUAGACGUAAGCAGUUUGAAAGGGCAGUUCGUGAAUUUUAUUGACUGAAAAGCAAGUUAAAAUAAUUAUAAAAGAAGAAAAACUGAUGUCAAUAUAUAAAGGUUGAAACUUGUUCUUGUAAUGUUGAGUCAGUUUAAGGUAAGAGUAGUUUUCUUUUUUAUUUGAAUGAAUUGCCCUUUGGUACUAUAUUAAAGUUUCCAUAAAACCUAGCAUUUCCUGAUUGCAAGCUUACUAUAAUAACCUUGGUUUUUUUAUGUUAAUUCUUGUGUUCAGUCUUUAGAUUAAUAGCAGAGCCAAUCACAGACUGACUGGGGAAAAUGGUAUGUUGAGAGAUCAAUAGGAAAACUAUUAACAGACCAACCGAAAAGCAGUCUAUUAAUAGUCUGAUAGUAAAUUGUUAUGUUCUUAAUAUUCUCUUAAACUUCAGAAUAGUUCAAGGUGUUUUAUGAUGAUUUAAUAUGGGGGGGGGGGGGGGGGGGAGGGAGAAGAAGAAUGCUGAAUGCUGAAUGCAACAUUUGUAUAAAAUGUGCCUGGAUCUACCUCACGAAAUUGUUCCAGGACUUUUUUUAAUUAUUUUUUUAAUAAAUUACACUGUAGUUAUUAUACUGUUAGCUGUAGAAUGUUAUCCGUCCACUAUGCAUUUGUUGUUAAGCAAAUAUUUGUGAUAGUUUUUAAAUUUUUAUUUAUCAUUUAAUGUGUUCAUUUGUAUGUUAUACAGAGUGAUAUCCAUCCAUUCACCUCAUCAUAUUGCAUGUAUGCUUAACCCACUCACUUUUUACGAUACUUCCUUAUAACUUUAACACCCAUAACCUCGUAUAUUCAGUGUUCAAGUUGAUGUGUUUGUCUGUAAUUAAUGAAAAGUGUUUUAAGUAUUUUAUAGUGUUUUUAUUUAAAUUUUGUAUUGUGUUAUUCAACAUCCACCACCCUGGUUUUGGAAGAAGACAUUCAUGGCAGCUUAAAGAUAAUAACAACAACAACAACCAUUUAACAACAAUAAUACUUUCUUGAGUUAAUGCUUUCAAAUCAAAUUCCAUCUUUUUUUAUGAUAAAUAUUUUCUUAUCACACGGUUGUAUCUACUUUUAUCCAUUUUUAUAUACAUUUUAUUUAAUAUUUAAAAACUGAAAAGCAGUGCUCGACUCCAUCGUUAUUAUUAAUAUCAUUUGUAUUUUCAGUGCAGAUGUACUUUCAUGUAAAACAUUAGUUAUGUCAUUCUUGUAAAUAUCACAUUAUUAAAAAAAAAAAAAAAAAUGGUGUUGGUCUGUUCACAUGUUAUUUAAUUAUUAUUUUUUUAAACCAUGCAACAACUUUUGAUAAUAGUAUUUUAUCUUGAUGACCAUUCUAUACUAUUUAUUCAUGGGCAGAUUUUAUUUUUAUUUUAUUUUUUGGGGGGAGGAGGCAACCUAGCCCUGUCUCCACCAUUGUGGCAUGAAACUGCACUUUAUUAACUUUUUUCCCCGAUCAUAUUUAGUAUGAGUAUUCCAUCAACAUAUCUAUCUUUUUCAUGUUCCACCCCAAGCCCCUUUUCACAAAACCGUAUCCAUCUUCAUCCGUCCAUAACUGAUGCUCAUUUCGUUGAUUAUUUACAAGUGUCGUAUGUUUGGUAUGAUACAUUGGUUCUGUUUGCUACAAUUCUUACCAUUCUAGAUUUAAAUUUCAAAUUUGUAUGAACAACUUUUAUACUUAAUUUUGUUUUUAACUGUGGAUACAUAGGAAUCUAAAAUGUUUAUUUAUUCAGUUGCUAGUGCUUUGAUUUGCUUUUUAGCUUUAAAGACUCCAGUAGCAUAUUCGUUGGUAGUUUAUUUUUGUGAAUUGUUUUAACUCUGCUAGUCUUUGGGGUCUGAGUGACCCAAUUUGACAUGAUGUCUGUUCAUAACCUGUUUUUAAACCUUCCACUGUUCCACACGCACACAUUCACAGACACACACACACACACACACACACACACACACACAAUCUCAUGCAAUAUAUUCAUGAUUCAAAUUUUAAAUUUUAUUUAAUUGUAAUUUAUUAUUUAAUUUUAACUCCCUUUUUCAUAUCUGUUAUGUGAGAGCUGUGUUUGAAAAUAGAUCUUUUAUAAUCAGCAAGGUCGGUGUUAUUUUAUGUUAGGGAUAUGGGCUGAAUAAAAGGCAUUUUUAAAAAUAUAUAUAUGUAAAGCAGUUUGAUCACUGGAACUUUUUGGGGGUUUUCAAAGGUAUCUUGAAAUCUAAUGGGGAUAUUGUGUUAAUAUUUUAGUCUUCUAUUUUAAUCACUAAAUUUUAAUAUAUUAAUGUGACUGUUGUGGAAUUAUAUUAUGGCUGGGGAAGAAACCAUUUUCUUUCUUAUGUUUAGUCUCACCAAACUAGAAACAAUUUUGCCACUUUUGUUUUAAUAAAUAUUUAUGUGGCUAUUGAAAAGUGAUAUAAACCUCUGCUGUGAACUACUGCAUGGAGUUAAGUGACUAUGACAAACCUGUGUUUUCACCUCAUUGUUACAUGUAUAUCAGUAUUACCAAGCCGUGUAGCAUUGUAACUAAUCAUUAACCAUCAUAAAAAAACAUAUGUUACCAUGUGUGAUGCGUGUCUCAUGUUCUUUAUGUAAUAUCUGAAUUUGGUUCUGCAAACAUUUUAUCAUAGCAUGACGUCGUUGUCAAAACCAUCUGGCAAUACAAAUAAAAAGGACACAAAAUAA